CGCACAUAGCAAGGGAAAACAGGGAAAAACAGGGCAACGGCAGUAUAUAAAAAAGGUUGAGAGUUUGGAAACACAAAGAAGACAGCAGCAGCAUCCCACAAGAGCAAUGCCCAGAAAAGCGGCACCCAAAUUAACACCAGAUCAAGCUUAAGUGAAGGAACAAAAUCCAAGCACACCUACCCAGCAAAUCUCUUUUGUUAUUGAGCCACGCUUGCUUUGUAAUUCCAGUUCCAAUUAUGCUGCCACGUGUUUGAUAAAAUGCUUCAGUAAAACUAAAACCCACACACCACACCAGUUAACAAACUAUGUCUGAGUUAUUCUUGCUGCUUCUGCGCCGGACCCGGAGCAAACUCAGUCCUUCUCCUAGCAUUUUCUUGUUCAAUUCCUCUGCGACUGCGACGAGGGGUUUUAGCAGCACCAAAAACAAGCCCCUGGAUUUGGAUUUCACUCAACUUCCAAUUUCGAGCCUCCCCACCGUCAUCAUCAUCGGCCGACCUAACGUCGGCAAGUCCGCCUUGUUCAACCGUCUUAUCCGUAGGAGGGAGGCUCUCGUCUACAACACUCCGGAAGAUCACGUCACCCGCGACAUCCGUGAAGGUGUAGCCAAGUUGGGUAACUUGCGUUUCAGAGUGCUCGACUCUGCUGGCUUGGAAACCGAAUCUACCUCCUCCUCUUCCAUCCUUCACCGCACCGCUUCCAUCACUGCUAAUCUCUUGCCAGCCUCUCACGUCGCUCUCUUCCUCACCGAUGCAAGAGCUGGACUUCAUCCUCUUGAUCAGGAGGUUGGAAAAUGGCUGCGGAAAAACGCACCUCAACUCAAACCUAUUGUUGCCAUGAAUAAAUCCGAGUCACUCUUCGAUGCCGAUGCGUCUCUCGCCGCGGCUGGUAAUGAAAUGUGCCGGUUAGGAUUUGGGGAUCCUAUUGCUAUUUCUGCUGAGACUGGACUCGGCAUGCAUGACUUGUAUCUCUCUCUCAAGCCCCUCCUUGAGGACUACAUGCUUCGUGUAUUGAAUGUUAAUGAUGAAGGUGCUCAGGAAAAUAGCAACAGUGAGGACACUAGUUCCCCUGAGGCUGAAGAAAGUAAGCUGCCGUUGCAGUUAGCAAUCGUAGGACGCCCCAAUGUUGGUAAAUCUACCUUAAUGAAUACGUUGUUGCAAGAAGACCGGGUUCUCGUGGGCCCGGAAGCAGGUCUGACAAGAGAUUCAAUCAGAACCCAGUUCGAAUUUGAAGGAAGAACAAUUUAUCUAGUUGAUACGGCUGGUUGGUUACAGCGGACAAAACAGGAGAAAGGGGCAGCAUCCUUAAGCAUUAUGCAAUCAAGAAAGAGUCUACUCCGGGCUCAUGUAGUUGCUUUGGUACUAGAUGCAGAAGAGAUUAUAAACGAAAGACGAAGUAUGAAACAUGCUGAAGUAGUUAUUGCCCGACGGGCAGUGGAAGAGGGACGCGGGCUGGUUGUGAUUGUCAACAAGAUGGACCUUCUAAGAGGCAAAGCAUCAUCGUUUGAGAAGGUUAUGGAGAUUGUUCCACAAGAAAUUCAGACAAUUAUACCUCAGAUAACAGGAAUCCCAGUUGUAUUCACUUCAGCAUUAGAAGGACGGGGUCGGACCGCUGUCUUGGAACAGGUCAUUGAUACAUACGAGAAAUGGUGCUCAAGAUUGUCUACAGCUCGUCUUAACCGUUGGAUGCAAAAGGUUAUGAGCAGGCAUUCUUGGAAAGACCAGGCAGCGCAGCCUAAGAUCAAAUAUUUCACUCAGGUCAAGGCCAGGCCACCUACAUUUGUUGCGUUUCUGCGCGGGAAGACUCAGCUUGCUGACACUGACAUUAGGUUCUUGACAAAAUCCUUAAAGGAGGACUUUGAUUUGGGUGGAAUUCCUAUACGGAUCAUGCAACGUGCUGUCACUAAGAAAGAAGUCAGUGGAAAUAGCAAGAGUGGGCAUUCAGCAGGCAGAGUAGCUGAAAGGAUGAUGUCUGACAAGAGAAGCGUCUUAGCUGAAUGACAUUUUUCACUUUUCAUCUCUUGGUUGCCUCAUCCUGCAAAUAAUUACCAAAAUGAAAGCUUAUAGUUUAUUAGAUGCUUACAGUAAUUUUAUUAUUUAUCAGUUCACAAGCUUGAUUCUGGGUUCUUG